AUGUUUGGAAACACACUCAAAAACUACCAGGGCGAGUGGGGAGAGAUUAAAAUACCUCAUUUUCAUCCCAACACGCAUGAAUGCUACGCCAUUAUCCAAGGAAGUUCUCGUUUGGCUUUGGGGCGGGCAAGAGAGGAUGAGAGCACCGACGGCGUCGAAGUUGACGUCCGUGUGGGGGAUGUGAUUGUAAUCCCAGCAGGCGUUUCACACAGGUCGCUCAGGUCUGAAGGUGGGUUCAGAUACAUUGGAGUAUAUCCUAAGGACGCUCCACGCUGGCGGAAUAACCAUUGCAAAGGCGAGGAAUCCAUGAGAGCAUUAGCCGAGGAAAUCAAAAACGUGCCAGUCCCCGACUUCGACCCCGUAUUUGGAGCCAAUGGUCCCUUGAGUAGAAUUUGGAAAUCAAAACUAGUUGGAGACCGCGCGAAGAUUUGA